AUGCCUCCUAGGACUAGAGGAGCUGCGAAAAAAAAUCCAGCUGCGAAAAAUAAUCAAGCUGUGAAAAAAAAUCCACCUAGUGGUCCUGCUCUUACUUUAGAUCGCACAAGCGUCCUUGUCGUAGAUCCCCCAGCGCCGGGCCAGGUAACCUAUCCAAGUCGCUGGCCAAGUAAGACUGUGGACAGCGCUAACGGCGUCAACCUGCCCAAUAAUUGGAGAACUGAUGCAGACAUAAUUCGAGCAUAUGGAGCGCUCAACUUACUCCAGUCUACAAGAUAUCAUUGGCUAACAGACGAUUGCCUCACCUAUGCUUUACUUCAAUUAACCACGUACAUACCCGAAGUCGUGGACGACGAUAUCACUAUUCUAUGGCCGGGUGCUAAUAGUUAUUUCGGCAACGAUGCCACGGGUUGGUCGAAUUUUUUAAAUGGAACCCGCUGGAAUAGAGCUUUCCCGCGUCGGACCAAGGAAAGAAUACCAAUUAGGAUCCGAGAAAUAUUUGACAAACCGUAUGUGUUCUGGCCUGUGGAUGCGGGAGAUGAUGAUAGACCCCAAUGGGUGUUAAUUAUCAUCUACCUCAGCCGUAGGACGAAUCCGACCACAGGGCAACCAGAUCAAUUCUUUGAUGUCGCCGAGGCGAUUUCUAUCUGUGACCCAGAUCCAGACGAUGUUGGCGCAAGAAAACAGUUGGUCUAUCAGAGGCUAGUGCAAGUGUUAGACGAGUGCGGAAUCAUAGCCGGCCCCAAUUACAACCAAAAUACUAUAGAACUGUGGCAUCCACUGGCGUGGCCGGUCCAGCACCGCCUCGAACUUGGCAAGGAGCGUGAAGAUUUCUCUUCGGGCCUGCGCUGCUUCCACAUAGCGAGACAGAUGAUUGACCGCCUGGUUUAUAUUUAUUCUAGUACCCCCCAGGAAUACCACGCGAGAACUUUCUGGGCACCCACCAGUGGUUGGUUCAACCCGGACGCCGUACGGGCCGAAAUGAUCAGCCUCAUAGCCCAGGACAUUAAUGGACGUAUGGAAUACAAGACCCGUAUAGCUAUAGAGCCUAUCAGGAGUAUGGAAUACAGGUCAACGGAAAUCCGCCUAGAAGAUUUGGAACCUAAACUCGAUGAGGAUUUAUAUGUGCCGGAUAGUAGGGACAUUAACGGAUGGCCUAUAUCUUGGGCGCCGCCCGCCCGAGCUGACUUAAACGUGGAUCUAGCACCGGAGAUAGAUGAUGACGAGGCUUUUGGUCCGGUCAUUGGAGAUGGAGACGAUGGAGAUGAUGGAGAUGAUGAUGAUGAUGAUGAUGAUGAUGAUGAUGAUGGAGAUGAUGGAGACGGCGGAAAUGGCGGAGGUGGUGGAGGUGGUGGAGGUGGUGGGGGCGGUGGAGGCGAUGGAGGCGAUGGAAAUGGCGGAGGGGGUGGAAAUGAUGGUUAUGGUGAUGGUGAUGGAGUCGAUGGAGACGAUGGGAAUGAUGGGAAUGAUGGGAAUGACGGAGAUGACGGAGAUGACGGAGAUGAUGAUGGUGAUGUGGACAUGGACGACGACGAGGUCGAUGAGGAAGAAGAUGGAGGAGGAGAUGGUGGUGCGGAUGGUAGGGAGGUAGGUCAAGGUACCGGAGUGCUCCCAGAAAACAGACCCUCUGGCCCAAAUAUUCCGACCACAACCCAACCUGGAAUAGAUAACCAACGUCCUCAACAGCAAAUGCAGGGAGGGGACGACGGAAGGACACAGGGUACAGGAGAAGUUGAAAACGAGGAAACCGGAAAUAACCUUCCUCAGCAAAGCGGGCCCGCAAAGACAACAAGCCCGGUCGGUCCAGAAGUAGAACAGGAUGUUGGAGGGGGGGAAACCAGUAGUGCCCCCACCCCACGUCCGCCAUUCUCGGGGUUGGAAGAAUUAUUUGCGUCUCCAGAACCGCCUCCGAACCCUUUGACAUUGAAAGGAUUUUCCGAGAAUAAACGGAGGGUAGAUGAAUCGUUUUCAGAUGACGAUAGAGAGACGAAGAGACAAAAAACUGGUUGA